CCUGCACAUUCUUAAUUCCAUAUUUGAUCACCCAAACAAUUGUUUGCUUUAAUAUGUCCUCAUUCUCAGUCUUUCAAACUCUGCUCUGGCAUGCAAUUGAAACAGCCAUCGGCCAUUAUUUAAGAAUGGAUUGCGACUGCGUACAAUACAAACAUAUCCCUUGCGGCUGCUUUUAUUCAUAGCAGUCACUGCUGGAGUAAAAUGUGUAUUGCAAAGUCGUGCAAAGCUGUUCACAUAUUGUUUUAUUUAGCCGAUUAUAGACGCACAUAUUAUCCCAGCUGGCCCAAGGCCCUCGACCAGCCGGCUUUUCAGGAUUGCCAUAUUGUAAAGUCAGCCAAAAUCCAGUCUUCCAGUCGGGUGCUGCUAAUGGACGACACUGCACUUGCCGUGUUGUUAAACUCAGCCUUAUCAUAUUUGUUCUUAGCUUAUUAAACCCUUUAUAUAUUCAUAUUGACAACCCAAAACAAAAGCUAAACUAUGCCCGCAAAGAUCUUGCUACCAAUAUGCAUAAUAUUGGCUUUUUUCUUCUUCCCUCCCCCCUCGCAGAAUCAGGAGCGUGGUUCUGAUUGUCAAGCAGGUCGACAUAUCGUGGGUCAAUGUUGUCUAUGGACAGACCAACCAGCACGUCAGCGGGCUUCUGAGAAAAGCGACUUCAGCACUCUACCACGGGUUAGAGCACGUGUUGUUUUUGGAGACCGGCAGCAACAAUACUCCCACUGCUUUCAAACUGGCUAAUUUUUCAGCGUUGCCUCACUUUAUGUACAAGGCCACCAGAGGAGAGGGGAGGGUAUAUCUGGGCCAUUGAGUCCAUUCGACAGAAAACGGUCUGCAUUUAUCCGAAGGGGAAUUCCCUCGAUUAUUCAUUUUUUUUCUUUUUCUUCGAGCCUUCAUAUUCUUUCGACUAGUCCAACAAAUAAAAAUAAAGCCUUUAACGACGAAUUAA